AUGACUGAUUUUUCGUUCUUAGUUUGGAACGUUCGAGGUGCGGGGAACUCCCGGGCCCAGCGGGAGAUACAUUACUUGUGUUGUGAGCAUCGGGUGCGUAUACUGCUAUUAUUGGAGCCUAUGGUUGAGGCGGCGCUGGAGUAUUUCUGUCGUCGCCUAGGAUUCGCUCAGAUGAUAAGGAAUGAGGCGAACACGAUUUGGUUGUUUGUAGAUAGCUCAUUCCAUAUUCAGAUGCUUGCGAGUGACGAUCAGUGGAUUUAUGUGCAGUUAUCGUCCCCACAGAUUCGUCGACCUUUCCUGCUGACAGGGGUUUAUGGGAGAUAUAUUUCAGAGAGGGAGGGCCCAGGACGGCCGCGGCUACGAUCGAUUCAGGAUUUUUCGGGCGCUCUCCUUGAUGCGGGACUGGUAGAUGCAGGUUUUGAGGGUCCUCAGUUAACUUGGACGAACCGGCGGGUGUGGAAGCGCCUGGAUCAGAUACUGUAUAGCCGUUUUUGGGAGGAGUUUGCGGAGUCCACGCGGAGCAUCUGGAUUUGCCAUCACUCCUUUCUGGAUAGAGUCCGAGAGAGUUGGGAGGUUCCGACGUGGGUGUCGGGGCUUCUCAGCCUACGCUUGAAGCUAGGGAGGCUCGAGCGAAUAUUGAGAUGGUGGAAUCGUCAUGUUUUUGGUGAUGUAUUCCAUAUUUUGGCGGAGGCCGAGAGGAAGGCUGCGGAGUGUGAGGCCGAGUAUGACAGGGAUCCUUCGGAGUCUACUUUGUUGCACCGACAGCGUAGUGCGGCAGCCUUAACGCAUGCCAUUGCGCUGGAGGAGGCAUUAUGGCGGCAGAAGGCCGCAUGUCGAUGGGCGGUCGAUGGGGAGAGGAACUCCCGAAUGUUUCACUCAAUGGUCCGGGAGUGCCGUCGGUGCGCAUCUAUCUUCUAUAUAAGAGAUGGUGAGCGGGAGCUUACGGAGCACUCGGACAUCAAGGCAUCGGCAGUAUCUUACUUUGCCUCGAUGUUCCGAGAGCCGGAUGAUGUUGACACUUCGGGGAUGGAUGAGUUGGCGGACAUGCCGCCGCAGGUUCCUCCAGAGGAGAACCAGCGGCUUUUGGCGCCGCCGAUGGCUUGUUGGGAGAUUGUUGGUCCGGAUGUGUUAGCGGCUGUUUUGGACUUCUUUUCGGGGACCCUGCUCCCGAAGUUUUAUACGGCCACCACCAUCGUCCUCAUCCCAAAGAAGGAUGCUCCGGAGUCUUGGGCCGAUUAUAGGCCGAUUAGCCUGUGCAACGUGAGCAACAAGAUCAUCACAAAGUUGCUCACGGUACGCCUGGGGACUUUACUGCCGCGCCUCCUUUCACCGCAUCAGAGUGGGUUUGUGAAGGGGCACGCGAUUGCGGACAACAUUUUGAUGGCAUCCGAGAUGGUUCAUGACUUGAACCUUAGAGGCACGUCGCACAACCUGCUUCUGAAACUGGACCUUAAUAAGGCAUAUGAUCGGGUGUCUUGGCGAUUUUUGAGACAUGCCUUGUUGAGGUUCGGUUUUGCAAAGGCGUUUAUUACAUUGGUGAUGCAUUGCAUAGAGCAUGCUUAUUACUCGCCUAAUCUGUUUGUGCUUGCGGCGGACCUGUUAUCGAGAGGGUUGGAGCGUCUCUACCAACGACUUCCGGACCUUUAUUUUAGAUGUCGAGGAGGAUUCCGGUUGUCCCACUUAGCAUAUGCCGAUGAUGUACUGAUCUUUGUGAGUGCUUGUGGGGAGCAGAUGAGCUCUUUGACGACCUUUUUGGCUGAUUAUGCGAGGAUCACUGGCCAAAAGGUCAACUGUCAGAAGAGCUCGAUUGUUUUUAGUCGACGAUGCCUGGAGGAGGUUCGGGAGCAGCUUCAGUCAGUCACGGGCUUCAGAGUGGCUGACCUUCCCCUUACUUACCUUGGUGCGCCCCUCUAUGUGGGGAAUCAGAGGCGUAUUUUGUACGAGGAGCUUCUGGGGAAGCUUCGGAGAUACUUGAGCCGUUGGGAUCGGGCUGUCUUAUCACAUGGCAGUCGAUUACAGCUUAUCCGGAGCAUAUUUUUAUCCCUACCACUAUAUUUACUUCAGGUUCUACAUCCUCCACAGUCGAUUCUUCAUGAGGUUGAGCAAAUAUGUGCGCAUUUCUUUUGGGGAUCGUAUCAUGGUCAUCGCCAGCGUCAUUGGAUUUCGUGCGUGGAUGCGGCACGACCACAGGACGAGGAUGGUUUGGGUGUUAGGCGAUUAUCGGAUAUGGUUCGUGCUUUCUCUAUGAAGCUUUGGUGGAAGCUUCGUGAGGGAUCCUCUUUGUGGGCGCAGGCGAUGCGGCACAAGUACUUUCGCGACUCCUUCCCGGGUAGAGCCCCUUGUAGGAUAUACGACAGCCCGGUGUGGAAGCGCUUGUGCUGCGUUAGGGAGGAGGUUCAGUCGCAGAUUUACUGGACUCUAGGUCGGGGGGAAUGUUUCUUUUGGGAGGACAGAUGGUUCGGGGAGCAGCCCCUCUCGACCUUCCGGGGAGACAGCCGGCCACCACCGACGAUACUGGUCAGGGAUAUGUGGACAGAGGGGUCAUGGGACGUUGGGCGACUACGAGCUUACCUUCUGGAGGCUUUAGUGCAGCGCGUUAUUGAGAUCCCCUUCGACAGGCAGACUGAGGAUCGGAUGAGCUAG